AUGGGAUUGUUGAGCGAGGGGCUAGGAUUGAGUCCGGGCAAGCUACAAGAAUUGACGUGCUUGGAGACGAGGGCCUUGGUGGGGAAUUACUAUCCGUAUUGUCCCCAGCCCGAUCUGACGGUCGGCUUGAUGUCCCACACGGACCUAGGAGUGAUCACAUUGCUCCUGCAGGACCAGGUCGACGGGUUGCAAGUGAAGCACGACAAUGAGUGGGUGGAUGUGACACCAGUCCUGGGUGCUCUGGUUGUGAACAUCGAUGACAUCCUCCAGAUAAUGUCCAAUGACGAGUACAAAAGUGUGGACCACCGGGUGUUGGCCAACCCUAACCAAGAGCCACGUGUGUCGAUAGCAGUUUUCUGCAACCCGAGCAAUCGCGAGAAUGAGUUCGGACCGUUCCCGGAGAUCAUAUCCAUAGAUAAACCCGCUGCUUUCCGGCAAUUCAACCUCAACGAGUACAUGAGGAGAUUCUUCACAAAGGAGUUGGAGGGGAAAAGUUUGAUAAAUUACUUCAGGGCAUGA